UCAGGGAGACAAAAUUUAGAAAUUGGGCUUCUUUCAUAAAAUUCAGGCUCAGUGAUCAUCAUAAUGAACUGUAUUACACAGUAUGUUGGAUUGGCAGUGAGAAGAGUAGGACACUGCUUGAAGAGGUGUGGGAAGGCACUUUUGCCCAAAGCACUCACUCUUCAACUAGCUUCUUACUGCCCAAAUUCCACAGCUCUCUUGGCAUUCCAAUAUCCUAUGGACUGAGAAGAAUAAGUCUUCUUGGGAAAGGUUAUAGAUUAAGUCAUUCAUUGUAUAGGCAGUGAAAGAGGUGUUUAUUGGUCUUUUUCUAAAAGCAGAUUAUUAGUAGGGUGGCAGUACAAGAAACGAGAGCAAAGGAUGGAAGGCAAAUUUACUGUUUCACAGGUGGCUGGGCUCUCUCUGGUAUUAAGGAGGGGAAUUUGUAUGCAAUUUAACUGCAAAAAAACCACAAAACCUAUUUCUGGCACAUAGGUAAUGGGAAUUUUCACCAAUUGGAUGUGAAUAUAACUGCUGAGAUGUCCUCGUCUACAUAUAAUAGUCACCAGUAAAGUAAUCUUUGGAAAAAAUUAUAGUAUGUUAACCUUUUAAAUUAAUGUUCCUCUCUUCUUUUUAAAAGGAAUAAUUAUAAGACAUGAAUUUUAAUGUCUGGAAUAUCAAAGAGAUGCUCAGUAUUCCCUCAGGCUCUGGGGCCACUAAGUCAUGUAACUGGAAUAAUAAUCAGACUGACUACUCUAGUCUCAGUGAUUCCCAGUUCCUUUUUGGAUCCCAGUUCUGUCCAGAAAGUUCAGAGACCCCGUCAACACCCUUGGACUUUGGUGUCCACUUGAGACAUCCAAAACAGUCACAACAGAAUUCUCUGGAUAGUGAACCUAGUAUUUUCAUAAAGUACCAAACAAAACCCCAGCUGUUUGGAAGAGAUACAAAAGAUGGAGGCUUAUUUCCUCUUCCUUUGUCAGUUGGAAAAUCAAAAAGCCUCUUGGAACAGUUUGAGGAGAAAAAGAAAAGUGAAAAAGACAAAUGUGACAGUGAGACUCUAUACAAUUUCAUUUCCCAUAUCAAAGAAAGCAUUAACAGAUUACAGACAUCUGUGGAAAAAUCUGAGGAAUUUCUCAGUUCCAGAAGCCAAUCUAUUUUGGAUUCUUUGGAAACUGUGGCCAAGACAUUGCAAGAGACCACGAAGGUGGCCCAGAGUGAUCUGGUGUUGGAAACAGUGUGGGACAAAUGCAACAUGGAACAGGCCAUCCUUGAGCUGCAAAAGAGAUUUGAAGGUAGACAAGCAGAGUUUAUAGAAAUGAAGUCCAACCUGAAGCACCUUGAAGUUUUAGUUGCUCAGCAGAGUAAGGACUUCCAGCAGCUGUGUGAGCAGCUAGGCCAGCUGAAUAUGCCCAGUGUCCUAGCAGAGCUAAAUCAAUUGAUCUCUGUCCCUUGGAUACCCAGACAUGUGAAGGACAGUGCUUCUCAGACUUCACCACCUCUGGCCCAGAGCCUCAGUUUCACCAGGCAGGAGAAAUAUGCCUCUGAGGAACCAGUUAUGUGGCAGGUCCAGGCCCUCCCUGCUGCAUGCAAUCUUAGUGUGGGAUCGUUGAGGCCUGGGGAGUCUGGCGUCUGGGGUGAGGAAGCAAAGAGUAGUGCUCUCCAAGAAGAGGCUGUGCCGCUGGCAGUUGGAACUGGCAAAAGAAACAGGCAAAUCAAGGACAAGGCAGUGCAGACUAACUGCCAGAAUUGUGCUAUUACUAAAACAGGCUCUGAGAACCAUGGCUCUGGUGUCCUGGGCCACAAGAUUCCUGAAGACAGGGACCUGGUUUCCCAAGGAGCUUCGCGGCUUAUAUCCCUGGAUUUAAACAACUUUGCAACCAGCAUUAAGAACACCUGCCAAAAAUGUCAAGCCAAAGGCAUGUUUUCGUGUAACCCUUGUGAACAAAGGUUGGUGACUGAACAGAAAGGCAGAACUGUAGAAAGAGGGAGGAAAGGCAAGAAGCAGCAUCCCAGGAAAGCCCCCAGAAGCAGGUUCCUAGCCAGGAAGCAAGAACAAACCCCAAGCAAGAACAAACCCCAAGCAAAACUUGCUUCCAAUUCUAAAUAUCCUCACCCUCCAGUUUCCAUCUCACAAAGGCCCCCCCAGGGGCGGCAGGAACCCCUUGCUCAGCCCCUGCGUCUUCAGGGCCCCAGGAGCCCCACAAAACCAGUCUGCUCUGCUCUGAGAGGAACAGUCAUGCCCAGUAAGACAGCAAGGGCAGUGCAAGGGAAUCUCUUGCAGUACAGUGGGCAUGCUUCCCAAGACAACAGCCUGCUUUCUCACAGUUCCCAGGGGGACCAACAGAUGAGCUGGUUCAGUGACCUCAACGUCAGAAAAGAGCCCCCUCAGUGCAAGGAGCCAGGGAAGAAUAUGCUCUAUGACCUGGGUUUUGAUAGCAGUGAUGAUGGCUUCUGACCAGCCCAUAGUGACUUCAGCUGAUGGUUUAUUGGUCUCAGCUGGAAAGACAAAUCACAGAACACUUUGGGCUGGCUAACAGCAGAAACUUCCCAAAGGCCUGCCUGGAACCCUCAGAGUCAGAGGCUAUGCUUUGGAGGGGGUGGUGGUCAGUGCAGGGCUGGGGAGCAGAUCCGGCACUCUGGGUACCAGGUGCUUCCCAUGACAGAGCAUAGGGAUAAAUGCACCCUUAUUUAUGGGAAUGAAAUGUGUGGAGAGGUGGUGAUGAGAGCUGGGGCAGCAGCCUGGGUGUGGGGCAUAAGGAGGAGGGUGUUGUAUUUGGUAGAAGGAGGGCUGCCUUCCAUAUGGAAUAUCCAGUAGCAGAAGGGCUCUCACAAAACUGUUGGUGUGGCAGCAUGUCUCCCAAACACAACAUUUUUGGUCUUCAAACAUUUCCUUUACAUGACCGAUAUCUUUCUGGGCAUCAGGAUUUAAAAAAAAAUUAUCUGUAUCCAGUUUUGCUGCGAGAGCAUCUGCAUUUUUUAGACAGUGGACAUAUUAUAGGGCACACACUAAGUCAGACUUCCUGUGAACAGAGAAAUAUAAAGCCACCAGGGAAAGAGAGGUGACAUGCGCCAAACAAAUGCCGGGAACCACACUCUUCACAGGCACACAGUUCCAUUUUUCUUUCUAGCUGUUUUCCCCUGUCCUGGUUUCAACCACUCUUUUAAAGCUAAUGAGAGCGGCUGUGGGCCCUGUAUCAUUUCUGGAGAGCAAUGCGCUUAUAUGAGACUUUGGCUUUCCAAUUAUAUCUUGUUGAAGUUUUUGAAUUUUUGCAAUAUAUAUGUACUUCUUUUGUAAUACAAAAAAAUCAAAAAAUAAAGAUAAAACUUUUAAGGUGCGUACCAUCCUUUUUCUUAUGCUUCUCAUAAGAUGAUUUUGAAUAAACCACACCCUACUCAAGCUGAUUUUUCUUUUUUUUAAUGAAAGUAAAAAUCCUCAUGGAUGGACAGCUUCCAGAAUUUGCCUAUUAUCAAGCCAGUACAGGGUUGAAAAUGGGGCUUCUUUUUUUUGGCUGUGCCACACAGCUUGCAGGGGAUCUUAGUUCCCUGGCCAGGGACUGAAACUGGGCCACGGCAGUAAAAGUGCUGAGUCCUACCCACUGGACCACCAGGGAAUUCCUAAAAAUGGGGCUUCUGAGUGGGCCGUUAUAGAAAGUAAUGGUUCCUGAUUUCUCAUUUUUAUAUUCUUUAUUUUCAGGGUUAUGUAUCCCACAAAAAUCUGGGAGAGUUUAAUUUGCCUGUGACACCUUUGGCAGGG